CUGUUGAUUGUGGUCAUCCAGAUUCUAUUGAAAAUGGCAGAAUCAUUAUUGAAAAUGGUACGAUAUACAAUAGUGCUGUCGAAUACCACUGUAUACCAAACUUCGUGAGAACGGGUCCUUAUUUAAGGAAAUGUAUGGAAAAUGGUGAAUGGUCCGGUGAAAAGCCUAUGUGCAAAGUGGCUACAGAGGAACCUCAGUACUCUUCCAAUAUGGGAACUAGCAUAGGAAUUGGAGCCGGAGUAGUAGUUUUUCUUUUAUUCAUUCUAGGAANGAUAUCAAUAGAUUGA